AUGGUUGCCUUCUCCUCGCUAUACGCGUGGUCGCACUUCGCCGUCGCCAUCGCUGCCACCUCUUUCAAGCCCGAAAUCACGCAAGCUGGGAAACAUGGCCAAGAUCUACUCGGAAAGCAUGCGGUGGCUCAACCAAGGAUAACGCCAGGCCCAUCCAUCAACCAGGCUGCACUGCAGAAACGGGAUUCUUCGACCGCUAGCUUUGACACCUGUGGCUUCAUCAACACGGACGCUGACUCGGCGUUGUACUGCGGCGGCGCCUACAGCUGCGUCUUCUUCAGCUCCACGGCCGGAACGCCGGGCAUGGCCGGCUGCUGCGCCGAGUCAUACGCGACCUGCAACUGGUACUCGACUUGCUACGACAGCACACAGCUGUCGACGGCCUGCACGGACAGCGCCUGCCGCAGCGAUGCCAUGGCGCUGCGUUGCACCGAGACUGCAUCGCCGCGGUGCGCGCGUUGGACCUGGCCGGCCUUGGGCGUUGCUGACUUUGCAUGCACCUACGCCGAUGACGAUGGCGAUGCCACGCCGACGGCGGGCCCGAACAACUGGACGACUAUCGCCGUGACGGCCGUGGAUACCUUCUUUAGUGAGCCGACGUCGUGGAGCGUCAAUGUCACAUGGGCACCGGCAAGCGCCCUCUCAGCGCCGCGUGCAGAUGUGAAUUCUACUACCGAGUCAUCAUCCAGCUCAACAUCUGGCACCGAGGCGAGUUCGACGUCGGAUAGCGCGACUACCUCGACAAGUACUGCAGGAACUGGAGGUAGUGGCGUCUCGACGGGCGCCAUUAUCGGCGGCGUCGUUGGGGGAGUGGUGGGCUUCGUUGGGCUGCUGGCGGCGGCGAUCAUGUUCUGCUGUCUCAUGAGGCGAAGAAAGCAGCAACAGCAAGGCGGGCAGCAAGAGCCCUCGAGUGCUCACGAGAUGCAUGAGCCGAUAAAUCCUCAGUAUUUACCCCCUGCGGAGGUAAGCGGCCAUAGCAGUACCGUUUAUUACACCCACAGCAGUAGUACACCUGUGGAGCUAGAGCACUCAGGUAGAGUAUUUCAGCCGGUAGAGCUGGACGCGAGACCGAAGGCAGCAGAGAUGGGAAUCUAA